AUGUCUGUCGAGGAUCCUCCACCAAAGUCUUCGUCGGCUCCGUCUGCAUCCUCUCGUCCUGAGGCAUCGGUUUCCAGGACUCCUCGUUCCCAGCCCUCCCCGAGUCGUUCGGAGUCGAGGCCCGAGAGGAUCCCUUCGGUUCGGAGUUUGUCGGAACCGACCGUCUCGGUUCCGAGAUGUUUGACGAAUCGACCUCCUUCGACUUCGUCGGCCAUCCGGGCUUCGCCGGUCCAUAGAAGCUCGACCCCGUCGGCUCCGAGGUCGACUUCUCCGAUCCAAGCAGCCUCCACGGUUCCGACGACUUCGGAUCCGUCGGUGAAAUCAAAGACUGCUCCUGAAAAGAAGAAGAAGAAGCAUAAGCAUUCCAGUAAACAUGACAAGGCGGUGUUAGAAGGCCUACUCACCUCUCCACCGUCGGUUCCGAUCAGCUCUACUCCUGUCCAAGUCGAACAGCAGGUAGAAGCGGGUGAUCACCCACGGUCCAAGACUCCUCCGGACAGGGGGGCUCAGGAGGAUGAUGUCAUACUCCUCGAGAAGCCUCUUACACCUUCGGGUCGGACCCGCUCGGCCUCCUACGAAUCGGGCUCGGUUCAUUCGGUUCGGAGUCGACGGAGUCGAUCUACUCGUCGUUCCAGCUAUCGGAGCCCACCUCGGUCCCACCGGAGCCGAUCCAGGGAGAGUCGACGUCGAGAUGAACCGGCGCCUCGUUAUUGUAGUAGGGAGAGUUCUUAUUACUCUGACCGGCAUUACAGGGGUGCUUCACUGUCCCCUUCACUUCGUGUCGGUUCCGACGUCGGGUAUGACCUCUCCCGUAUGCCGUCGGACAGGAGUUCUUCCCGACCCCAUGCUCGAUACAGCGUCUCUCCAGUGUCAGAGUCGCCUGAAAGAGAAAUUGGGCCGUCUGAUGAGGCUUCGCCCACCGAUGAUUUUCGGGCCUAUAAUGAACUGCUCCAGAGAAUGGCUAAGGCCCUGGACUUUGAGGUGACUUCUUCUGAGUCUAAGUUCACCGAUAAGAUAUUACAGCAUAUCUAUUCGGGAUCAACACCUUCGAUUGCUUUUCCCCUUAUAGAGGGUUUUGCUGACCUUUGGAAGAAACUGCAAUCUCGACCUGCGUCUGCUACAGCCACCAAUCGAAAAGUUGAGAGCCUUUAUAGGACCAAGGAUGAUGCUCAUCCGUUCCUAGCGGUCCAUCCUCCUCCGUCCUCACUUGUCACUGAGGAGAUGCAAGCUCGGCCUCGCCAAGGCUCGAUGUCAGCUCCAGCUGACAAAGUUAGUAGGAAGAUCGAUGCCUUGGGUAGGAAGUUGUAUACUUCGGCUACGUUUGGCAUCAAAGUGGCUAAUUAUGCCGCGAUGAUGGCGGCUUAUCAACUCUUCUUAUGGAAGAAAGUGGCGUCUUUCCUCCCGAAGAUCCCUGACGACCAGCGCACCUUGCUUCGGGUCAUUCAGGAGGAGGCUGUCCGCUUGUCCAGACACCAGAUUAAUGUUGGUAGGAGUAUGGCUGACACUGCAGCAAGAUCGCUCCUUUCCUCGGUGGUACUGCGCAGAUACGCCUGGCUUCGCACGACCGCCCUGCCAGUUGAGACAAGGAACAGGGUUGAGGAUUUGCCUUUCGAGGGCAACACCCUGUUCUCAGAGAAAACUGAUGAAUUUCUCUCUAAGAAGAGGACGGAUCGGCUGACGGCUCGCUCGUAUGGAGUCUUACACCAGCCGUCGCAGCAGUCUUCUCGCCCUUACUAUCGCUCCUUCCAGCGUGGGGAAAUCGAAGGGGAGACCUACUUCCCCAGGUCUAGUCCAAGUCCCUCCUCAGAGCCCUCACCUGAUGAGGCACUUGGGACCACAGAGGAAGCAUCAACAACAGAUGACUUCCAUGCUUACAACGAUCUCCAUAUGGCGAAAGCCUUAGAAAUUGAUGUAACCUGUACUGAGCCCCGUUCCAAAGACAAGAUAUUGCAGCAUAUCUUCUCGGGAUCGACGUCCAAUGUAGCCUUCCCAAUAAUUGAGGGCUUCGCAGAGAUGCUGACUAACAUGAAUCUUAAGCUGGUUUCAACGCCACCCGCAAACAAGAAGUUUGAGAGCAUGUACAGAAUGUGGGAUGAACUCUGA